ACCACUCAAUACCCAUGUACUUGUUAUUAACUACACCCAUUGAAAUUCAACUUCUCUUUCUCUCUCUGAAGACAACAGCUUCUCAGAUUAGAACCCAGAUCAAAUAUACAUUGUUAUUUGAAGUUUACUUUGUUACUCUCUCACUCCUCAAUCUCUGUUUGAUUAUUUUCUUGGCGGGUUUUUACUGAAAUGGGAAAUUAAGCAAAUUUCUGAGUUGGGUUUUUUCAUUCGAGAGAAAAAAAUUUGGGUUUUUUUGAUACCUGGGAUUACUUAAGAUGAUGCUAAUGACACGCUAUAAUCUCGAGUUUGGUCGAACUGGGUUGGAUUUGGUUUCUUGUGGGUGCUCUUCCAAUGCUUCGUUUGAACAAUUUACAGUGAAAACCUAUGCAAAGGGGGUUCACAGGGGUUUUAAAAGAGGCUAUGUGGCUCGGAAAUUGGCCUGUUGUCGGAGCGGCAUUGCUCGGUGUCGUGUUUUCUCUACAAUGACUCCGGAGACUAUGCUGAAUGGGGCUGUAUCAGGUCCUCCACCAGUGUUGGACGUGAAGAGAGUUUCUAGAAGCCCUAUUUCAUUGACAAAUAUGUUUCAACUGGUUGCUGAUGACCUCCAAACAUUGAACAAAAAUCUACAAUCAAUUGUUGGUGCAGAAAACCCAGUUUUGAUGUCAGCCGCUGAACAGAUCUUUUCUGCCGGUGGGAAGAGGAUGAGGCCGGCUUUGGUGUUCCUAGUGUCUAGAGCCACUGCAGAAAUUGUAGGCUUGAAGGAACUUACUAAAGAACAUAGACGUUUGGCAGAGAUUAUUGAGAUGAUCCAUACUGCAAGCUUAAUUCAUGAUGAUGUAUUAGACGAGAGUGACUUGCGAAGAGGAAAGGAAACUGUUCACCAACUCUAUGGUACUAGAGUGGCAGUCCUUGCUGGCGACUUCAUGUUUGCUCAGUCAUCAUGGUACCUAGCUAAUCUUGAAAACCUUGAAGUCAUAAAGCUCAUCAGCCAGGUUAUCAAAGAUUUUGCUAGUGGUGAAAUAAAGCAGGCAUCAAGUUUGUUCGACUGCAACGUUGAACUUGACGAGUAUUUGAUCAAGAGCUACUACAAAACAGCUUCCUUAAUUGCCGCUAGUGCCAAAGGAGCUGCAAUUUUUAGUGGGGUUGAUAGAGGUGUUACUGAGCAGAUGUAUCAAUAUGGUAAGAAUCUUGGUCUAUCUUUCCAAGUUGUUGAUGACAUAUUGGAUUUCACACAAUCAGCGGAGCAGCUGGGGAAGCCAGCUGGCAGUGACCUGGCAAAAGGGAACCUGACUGCACCAGUAAUUUUUGCACUAGAGAAAGGACUGAAACUGAGAGAACUCAUCGAUUCCGAAUUCUCUGAGACUGGUUCGCUUGAUGAGGCCAUUGAAUUAGUUAAGAGUUGUGGGGGGAUCGAGAGAGCCCAAGAUCUAGCAAGAGAGAAAGCUGAUCUUGCAAUCCAAAACCUUCAGUGUCUUCCUCAGAGCACGUUUCGAUUUGCACUUGAGGGAAUGGUGAAGUAUAAUCUAGAGCGGAUUGCUUAGAUAUGGAAAACAUCUAAAGUAGAAGAUAAUUAUGUUUGAAGUCGAAGCCAUUCUUGACAAGAAUUUGUUUAAGCAUUCAAGGUGAGGAGCUUAAAGCUGCUUGUGAUUCGGCACAUAUACAACCUUCUCAAAAUAACAUUAUUCAAUGAUUGUUGUACACUAGCGAUGUCUGAGUUAACAAAUAAUAUCGAGCAAUACUAUUGUCUCGGGCUUAUAGAUCAAUAAAUUUCGAGUUCCAUAUUGGCAGCUUGUGAAUUUGUUUAUCAUUUGUGGA